AUGCUAGGGGUGGAGUCAGAGCACCCUGGCUGUCAUCAGGAGCUGGAGCCUGAGGAGGAAACUUCUAAACACCAUGGAGUUUGGUGGAAGAGGAAGAGCGGGAAGAGACCUUCUCCAUCAACCUUACAUGGGGUAUUUCAUUGCACAUUUGACUACAUAAAUAGACUCUUCCUAAAGGUUCGACCUCGAAAGCUAUUAUACAUGGCUAUUGGUGGUGAGUGUUGGGAAUGGGAACUGAAAUUUCCUCUUGUACAAGCAAAUGCUAUUGCACUGAAGAAAACAUUCAAGAUGUCAGAUCAUGAUGUGAAUAUACAAGAGUUUUUGGGUACAAGGUACCGGUAUGAUUUUUCAUCAUUCAAGAUUCGAUCACCAGUGUACGACAACUGGGGCAAAUGGAAGAAUCAUUACGAACGUUACUGUUCAUCUCCCCCAAAAUUCCAGAACAGCAGCUCCUCCCAUUUGUUACUGUUCAUCGCACCAGUUUUUGGGCUGCCAUCGCCUCCUCCGUCCACCCCAAGCGACGACAUGGAUAUCAAAAGAACCAGCACGUUGUCCUCUACCACCCUCACAUCUCAGCCGCUGCCAACCGUCGUCUGGAUCACCGAAAAAAGCAAGAAAUUGGCCGGUUUUUACCCAAAAUCUCUAUUGCUCGUUCGGGCGAUUCCGAGCACCAUUUUCUUCGAUCCAGAACUUGAAGAAUGGGAAAAUGUCGACCUGCAAUUGUGGCCAAACCGUCUCGUAUCGUCGAAUAGAGCGGUAGAUGGAAAAGGGUGUUUGGGACGAGGUCCCUCAGUUAUAGGGAUUGUGUCAUGCGAGCUUCAGCUGGAAGCUCCUCCAAUUGCGUUAAUAGGCAUGGAAAGCCUAAAGGUAAUUUAA